AUGGGGGGGGCGACCUCGGACGCGGUGGCUGACAGAGCUAAACAACCCGUCUACGCGUGCCACACACGGUUUAUCACAAAACAAGGAGGCGGCUCACCGUUUUACUUGGCCCUGGGCGGUCAGCAAUUAAUGGCCUCUGUUCUAGCCCCUGAAAUGGAAAACACCUUUUGCCCUUUCUUGGACAUUCAGUACGAAUUUAUGGAAGAUGCGCCGCCAGCACUUUUCCUAAAACCUCUAUGUAGCAGAAAAAUCAAGAGGACAACUGCAAUCACUGCAGGGUCAACCGCCUGGGGCAGUGGCGCAUCCCGUCGUCUGCAAGGCAAGUCUACUGCUGAGAAUACGGUAUGCUCGCAUCUCGGAUAAAGCCCGCUGAGGCAGUCACAGAAUGGUUGACACGUCAUUAGCAUGUUUUCCCUGAAGGAGCGUACUAUGAUAGCUCGGUAAAGAGGCUGCAAACUGUCUAUGCAAAGUUGUAACGCCCCAUGGCACGAACAAGAUUUUUUGAAUGUUGUAACACUUUUGGCGCGGUCCUGGGAUGGAGAUGGUGUAACUGCGUGCUGGUGAGGACGGCCGGUGUCCCUUCCUCUCACUACUGCCGACACCCCCCUCCUUCAAAGCACUCUCGCUCUCGUCUCUCUCCCAAUCAACGUCGCCCCCGGCCCUUCCCUGCAGGUGCCUACAGCGCUGCAUCCCCACGGGCUGUUUAGCUAGUAUGUCUGGUUCACCUAUCCAUCCAGACAGGUCAUCUAUCCGCUGUUCCUCAUUCCACGUGUACAUUAACGUUUGUUAUGCACAUUCUCCAUAUCCAUGUCGUUCCAUUACACCAUAUACCAUAUUUGACGUACUUCCUUCUUCUGCGUGUGAAUGAGUUUCGAGAGAUGUUAACAGUUCUGUUCAGGUCUACCUCCGCCAGGAUCUCUUCUUAACGUUUCCUUAUUUUGAUGUGUGCUACCCUUGACGCCCUCGGACGCUACAACGUCUCCAAGUUUGCUGAUGCGUAUCUCAAGGUCAAACUAGCUUAGGGUUCAAGUUCAGAGUUGAGGUAGGCCAGGUGGAUUAGUGUGAAUUACCCAGCCCUACUUGGACGGGCAUGUGAAUGGGGCUGGGAGAAGGGGGGUCACUGGCCCUCGUCGCGACAAUGACAUGUCAUGUUUUUGCCUAAUCUGCGUGCGACGCAUUGACGCGGACCGCCCCUUCACUCAUUGGGUUGCUACCGUCGCCCAGUGUGGACUGAAACCGGGAUCAGGGUGAACCUCAAUGUCUGAUUGAAUUGCUGAUAAAGCAAAUAAAACCGCACACACACGCACGCACAAACAAACAGGCUGGACAUAAAGUGGCUUUCGUGCAGCCUCCGAAGCUGACAACGCCCCGAUCUGGGAAAUUUCGACUUUAAUUAGCGCAACUGGUAGUCACUUCGGUGAAUCCGGCUGGCGGUGCUUUGCGUUUGCUUUGUGGCUACACACCAGGAAACGCAUAUGUCUGAUUCAAACUCAGGUGUUUCUCCCGCAGAAAGUAGCAUUUCGUGUUUAUUGCUGCCCUUGGUGAUAGCUUCUUAUUUGAUCUAUUUAGGUUCUCAGAAAAAAACAACACACUUCUGCUGAAGAGGCCAUGCACAUCAUCCUCAACCAGCUGUUGGAACUUCAACACGAUGAUGCUACUGAUCCAUUAGUAAGGACCACCACCACCACCACCACCACCACCACCACCACCACCACCACCACCACCACCACCACCACCACCACUAACAGUAGUAGCAGUAGUAAUUCCUGA